AUGAUAAGUCCGAUCGAGGUCGAGGCUGCGGAGAUGAGUGCCUACCUUAGUACUAUCGCACUGAACAACGUCCAUGUACGCACCCUACGAGUGCGUAACAACUUUCACCCGCAUUGGAGUACCAAGAUACGCAAGAAUUCAGCAGAGAUUGGUGCGACGUACGGUGCUCUGAGCAGAGCAAGCCCUCAGCCGCACGUCGAUGUCGGCUGCUUUCGCCUCGGCGACAGAUCGAGCCUCAACCCUUCAAGGUCCUUCUGGCGGGAACGAGGUUGGUACAGGGUAGCCCCUGUCAGUCUCACAGGUUCUCUUUUGCCCUCCCACGUCAUCCAAUCUCACACAAACAGCAUCCGCCUCAAUUUCUUUUCAUCCUUCAUCUGA